UUUCAAUGUCAGUCAAUCCAUCAAGAUCACAUUUUCAGCAAUGACAGUGACAAGAGUGAAGAUAGUUCAAGUCCCAAGAGACAACGCCUUUCUCAUUCAGUCUUUGACUAUACAACGGCAUCAUCAACCGCAUCACCAACAAUGCAACCAUGGGAGAUGGCAUCAAAUAGGCAUCCUCCCUUGGCUCGGUCCAACCAACAUCACUUCUCCAGGGAACGCUGCAGUACACCUGCACAAAGUAGGAGGAGUCCUCCUGUUCGCCAUCAGAGAGCAAGAAGAGAUCGUCUGUCUCGACACAAUUCUGUUAGCCAAGAUGAAAAUUAUCACCAUCUCUCCUAUGAACAGCAGCAAGCAAUAGAAGAGCCCCAAGCCUUUAACCCUCCAAAUAUAUCCCAUCAUAUUUUUCACCCAGCUGGUCACUCGCCACAGCAGAACACAGUGAUGGUUGACAUUCAUGAUCAGAUCCAUCAGGGUGCAGUCCCUGUCUCAUACACGGUGACAACGGUGGCGCCACAUGGAAUUCCACUUUGUACAGCCCAGCAUAUACCACCCUGCAGCACACAAGUCCCAGGUUGUUCUGUGGUAUUCAGUGGACAGCACCUUCCUAUCUGUAGUGUGCCUCCUCCAAUGCUUCAGGCGUGCUCAGUCCAACAUCUACCAGUACCAUAUGCAACGUUCCCACCUCUGAUUUCAAAUGACCCAUUCCUUUUGCAUCCUCCUCACCUCUCUCCACAUCAUCCUUCUCAUCUGCCACGUCCAGGACAAUUUGUUCCUUUCCAAGCACAGCAGUCACGUUCACCACUUCAAAGGAUAGAGAAUGAAGUAGAGCUGCUUGGAGAACAUCUUCCUAUAGGAAGCUUUACCUACUCUCCAUCAACUCAUCCACCAACAUUGACUUCCUCAGGUUCUAUCCAACUCUUAACCCAUGAUCCUUUACAUCAAGAGGUUUCAUUUGGAAUAGUUGUUAAAGUCCCCCAGUAG